UUGCCUGCCCGCAUACAAAGGGGAGAGGAAGCUGUGUUCAAUGUUUCUCCGCAAGCGACUUAAGCCUUCGCCCCCGAACGAAAUAUCAUUAUUUCCACUUUAAAGAUCCAGUUUUCUUCACCAGAUAACCGGGUAAAAGAAAACGUUUGACCAUGAUAAACACGAUGGACUGUGCGGUGGACGCACAGAGCCUGAUCUCUAUUUCUCUACGGAAAAUCCACAACUCCAGGACGCAGAGAGGAGGAAUCAAGCUUCACAAAAACCUUCUGGUCUCCUACGUCCUGAGAAACGCCAGGCAAGUCUACAUGAACGAGAAGUACGCGGAGAUUUAUCGGAUGCAACAGUACGAGGAGGUAAUGACUGUUUGCAACGAAAUUCAGGAGCUGAACCCUCUUGAUUUGGCCGAGGACUGCGCGGAACAGAGCGACGAGUGCUGCGGCGGAGGGAACGAGCCGGCGAGCCUCUGCGGUGCACUGCUGCCCGCCAGCCUAACGACUGUGCAACCAGCGCAUAUCCAAACACCUACUCCCUGCUCUGCGCCUUUAUCUCUCCAAAGCGAAGAGAUCUGCAAGGAAUCGGAUUCUUCAUUCUACAGAAGCUGUUGUGCAGAAGCUUACCCUGUGUCGAAUUGUGACUUUUCCUCAAGUAACAACAUGUACUGCAACAAAACGACAGUGCUGGACCUGGACACGCACGUAGUGACUACAGUUGAGAACGGAUAUCUCCACCAGGACUGCUGCGCGCCGCUCCAACAGUGUUGUCAAGGCGCACAAAACCCUGCCAAAAAGCGCAAGGUUGACUUUGGGUAUUAUGUGUCCGAACCAGAGGAGGUAGUGGAUUUUACGCCAUGUAAAAGGGUAAGGAUGGAGGAAUGUCCGUACUCGGAGCAGUUUGACAAUUCGAACAUUUCCAACCUGAUCUCGAUCUUCGGCAGUGGGUUUACGGGGCUAGUGAGCAAGCAGGCGGACUUUGAGCAAGCCUUAAACGGACAGUUCUGUAGCAAACAAGCACUGGCGAGCCUCGGAGCAUGGACUAGAGCGAUUGUGGCUUUUUGACUCUGUGGUAAAUUAGACAAUUUAUUAAAUUGUACAGUUUAAAAAAUAAUGUACUUUAUUUUUUCUAAAAAGCUAUUUAAACAUGGGGCGGGUUGUGUUCGCCGUUUCAUUUAAAUUGAGAGGGGGAGAAUGGUUCUACCACAUGUGAUGUGCUGGCUUUCCAUUUUAAAUCAAAAAUGUCAACAUAACGCAUAAACAUUUUAAAUGGUUGUUGUGGAUUUUUAACGAACUUGAUUUCGUUGCCUUAAACCCAACGCAUACUGCUGGCUAUUGCUGCAAACAUUUGAAGUGAUUGAAUGUCUCGCUCGCGGACUUUCCCCCUCUCCUUUUCUUGUUUCUGUAUUUUGAUACAGUUGUCUCAAACACUCCAAGUUGAUCACACUAUAAUAAUAUGUCCAAAUGCCGGACCAUAUCAAAACUGGUGAACCCUUUACGACGUUCUAAUACCUUUUUGUGGGUGUUAACGUUAAAGUGUUUUGUUAAACUAAGGAGCGAAUGUAGGGAACUGAAUAUACAAAAUUGCGUUUUCAGAUCUCUGUCUUUUUGGAUUUUACUUGGAGCUACUCCGGCACUAAAAAGGUUCUUAGUUUAGACAGGCGUCUUUAUGGGGAAUCAUCUUCACGUCUGACACAUGGUUUAAACCCACAGCAUCCUCUGUUAACGAGGGGAGAGGAUGCAAACUUUUCUGUCUUUCUGGGAGCUGUGGCCGAUGCAUGCCAUACUUUAAUGCAUGAUUACAUUAUUACACUUUCAGUUAGUACAAUGACUGGGGGGGUCUGGGUUUCAAACUCAAAUAUUGAUGGGUCCUUUAGCCCAGUGUGUCAGUUGGCUUGUGCCGUUUUUUGACUGAAGCAAUGAAUUGACUACAACUCCCAGGAUGCUCAAAGUAAUUAGACCACCCUGGUUAAAUGACAGCUAGGUCUAAGCAUUGGCCACUUUUCUCCCCACCCCUUAAAAUCUCUUAAGCAAGUUAUUGCUCAAGCUACACCAGAACUCCAUAAUGCAAACUUGAUUUUGUGAAAUCUUAACAUUUUGGACCUUUUGUUCUAAAAAGGCAAAUGUAUAAUUUAGCCAUAUGUUUUCUCCCACAUAUAAGCACUAUGUGUACUGAUGUUUUUGGGCGUUCUUUUAUUUUAUUUUUUUGCCAUUGUAUUUUUGUGUAUAUUAAAUUGUAUAUCACCGGGUAAAACUGUUUUAGAACUAUUUGUUAAAAUUUAUAAUCUUAAUAAAAAAAUGUACAAAUUA